GCGCGCCUGGCGCGGGCGGCUUCCUGGCGCUGCCAGCGGGGGCCGCAGCGGCGCUGCCUGCGCCUCCUGCGGGAGUCGGCCGCGGUCGAGGCGUCGGCCGAGGCGAGGCGAAGGCGAAGGCCAAAGGCAUCGGACGUGGACGUGGCGGAGCUGCAGCUGCUGGAGGCGCGGCUGGGGCGCCUCCUGCUGGAGGCGCGGCCGCAGCGGCUGGAGGUGCUGCAGGGGCACCCCCUGCUGGGGGCGGCGGAGCGGCAGCCGCUGGAGGCGCUGCUGGAGGCGCUCGCAGGCGCGGCGGAGCUCGGCGAGGCGGCGCUGGAGCGGCCGCCGCGGCAGGAGCUGCUGCAGGAGGUGUUCCCGCUGGCGGAGCUGCAGGUGCUGCAGGGCCCCCUGCUGGCUUGGGUCCUGGAGUCGCUGGAGGCGGGGCCCCCUUUGGUGCUGGAGCUGCUGGCCUCGGAGUCGCCGCCGCUGGCGCUGCAGGUGCUCCAGGGCCGCCGCCUGCUGCUGCUCUCGGGCCCCCUGGUGGAGCAGCAGCGCUGGGGGGGCUUGUGCCGCCAGGCCCUGGCGGUGGCGCGGCCGCUGUCGUGGGUCACGGCGCCCUCGCGGGCGGAGCAGCUGCUGGAGCGGUGCCAAGCCUCCCACCUGGCGCUUUGGGCAUCGGCGGCGUUGGCGGCGCUGGGGCCUGGAUGCGUGCUGGAGGGCGUGGCGCUGGGCAACUUCGGGAGCGCGGCUGGGACCGCGCUCUUGCAGGUGCAGAGCGCGUGGCCUGGCGACGGCAUGGGCUGCUUCGCGGGGGCGGUUAUGGGCUGCAGCAGCGCGUCCUUGUGGCCCGCGCUGGCCGGUAGCUUCACCAGCCUGGGAGGCGCAGUGCUGCAUCUGUGCACGCAGCAGGCGGGCGUGUGUGCUGGUCUGGUUCAGUGGCCUCAGAGGUCGGCGCUGCACGUGGAGACCUACCGCGUGCGUUCGCCCAGCGGCUUGACGGAGGCCUGGGUUCAGCAGCCUGGUCCUGCGGCUCAGCCCACGCCCGCGGAUCUGCAUAAGAAGAUCGUGGAGCUCAAGAAGCGCCUGCAUCAGAAGCGGAGCAUCGGCGAGACGCUGACGGACCGCGCCGAGGUACCUGGCGCCUUACUCUCCAGCGGGAUGGAACAUAUCAAGAAGUAUAUUGCGCGGCGUGGGGGGGCGGACGGUCAAGGGGGCCUGGGCGAGCUAGCAGCAUCAGGGGUGCAGUACAUCACCAGCGUCUGGCACGGUCUCCAUCCUCAGAGCGAGAUGGGAGUCAGGAGCGUGCGCGAGAUGAGGACAGUCGGCGAGUGCCUCGACGCCUUGCUUCGAGGCGAGCUGGGUCAUCUUGGGGAUCUCUCCAUGCAGAGGCUGAAGGCGAUCGAGCAG